CACUGUCUCUCGCCCCUCCUGGAUCUCUUUCCUCUGCCACCUCGAUUCCUUCCUCUGUCCCAUCCGUGUCUCCCCUGGACCCCAAAGAUCUCUUUUCCUUGGGAUGCUUGCUUCUCUGCCCUGCUGUCCUCUCCCAAGUGGCCCUCCAUCUCUGUCUCUGUCCCCAUCUCCUCGGAGUCUCACUGCAUCCCCGACUCACUCACUGGGCCUGUUCACCGUGCUUCUUAGCACAUCUUUUCUGUUUUGGGUCUCUGUUCUCUGCCUCUUGCUCCCUCUCUCUGUGUCUUUCUCUGUCUCUCCAGUUUGUUUCAUCUCUCCUUCUGUCUCCCCGUCUGUCCCCCACCCCAUCUAUCUGUGGGGCUUAAUAAAUACUUCCUACAUCCCAUGCCAUGUGAAUUGUCUCUCCACACCUUUCUGCCUUCCCUCCUCUCCUCUCCCCUCUGCUGAACCUCUUCUGUGUUUUCCCAUCUCUACCCCGACGUCCAUCUCUCCAUCUAUCUCCUCCGGUCCAAGAUGGACCCAUUUAACCGACUCGCUCACCAAGGCCCCCGCCCCGCCCCCACCCGCCCUCGGGCGCCCACAUCUCUCCGGGGACUUUCUCUCCCUCACUUUCCCUGCCCCCGCCCAGCCUCUGUCUAUGCAAAUCCCGGGGGAGGGGGAAACAUUUGCCUGGCCCCCGCCCCCCACUUCCUGUCCUGGUGGGGGUGAGUGUGGUGGGGCUGGUCUCACACAGAGACAUGCAGCAGUGAACGAGCUGUGGUGGUCACAGCUGCAGUCGCCUAUCCCCCAUCCGCCCAACCGCUUCGAGACUCAGGAGGCUGCAGGCUCCCCUGACAUGCCCCUGUGUCUCUCCCCCUCCAGGCUUGACGGGCCGCACUUCAGCUGUCUGUACCCAGAUGGAGUCUUCUAUGACCUGGACAGCUGCAAGCACUCCAGCUACCCCGACUCAGACGGGGCUCCUGAUCUGUGGAGCUACGGCCUCAGUCCAGCUGUCCCAGCCGCCUCCUAUGAAACCUUUGACCCGGCUGUGGCCACCUUCAGCCACACCCAGGGUGUCCAGCUCUGUUACGGACCCUCAACCUACAGCCCUGUGGGGAACCUGGACCCGGCCCCCAGCCUGGAGGCCCCGGGGCCUGGCUUCCCAGCAUACCCCAUGGAGGACUUCACAAGCCAGACCCUGGGUCCCCUGGCGUACGCCCCAUACCCCAGCCCCGUGCUGUCAGAGGAAGAGGACCUCCUGCUGGACAGUCCCGCCCUGGAGGUCUCGGACAGCGAGUCAGAUGAGGCCCUCAUGGCUGGCCCCGAGGGGAGGGGAUCUGAGGCAGGGGCCCGCAAGAAGCUGCGCCUGUACCAGUUCCUGCUGGGGCUGCUGACGCGCGGAGACAUGCGCGAGUGCGUGUGGUGGGUGGAGCCGGGCGCCGGGGUCUUCCAAUUCUCCUCGAAGCACAAGGAGCUCCUGGCGCGCCGCUGGGGCCAGCAGAAGGGCAACCGCAAACGCAUGACCUACCAGAAGCUGGCGCGCGCCCUGCGCAACUACGCCAAGACCGGCGAGAUCCGCAAGGUCAAGCGCAAGCUCACCUACCAGUUUGAUAGUGCGCUGCUGCCCGCCGCCCGCCGGGCCUGAGCCCGGGGCGGCCUCUCGGGGGCUCUCAGGGGCUCCACGCCUGUGUCACGUGGGCGUCCCCACACCCUAGGUCCUAGGACCCACGGAUCCCCCAUCCUGGCUGCGGGGGCGGGGCGCUGCCACAAUCCCUAAGCCCUGCCCAGGGUCCCUCUGGGAUCCCCCCAGUCAUGUCUGGGGCCUCUUUGGGAUUCCCUUGUCAUGUCCAGGGGCCCCAAGAUCUUCAUGUCUUGGGUUGAAGGACCCAGAGACGACUAUACUUAUGUGUCUGUGUGGAGGGGCGGGGCAGGGCAGUGCUUCCAGAAUCCCAAGAGCUUCUCUGGGAUCCCCUUGUGAUGUCUGAGAUCCCUUGUGUGUCUGCGAUCUCUCAAUCUCAUCUAGGGGAGGGUGAGCCUACAGAUCAUCACACCAAGAGGGGGACUCUGCCAGCAACCCUAAGCCCUGUCCAGGGUCUUUCUGGGAUCCCCUUCUCAUGUUUGAGUCCCUCCUGUCCCAUCUGAGAUCUCCUAGUUAUGUCUGGGUCCCUCUGGGAACCCUUUGCAUACAUGUCUCUGUGCCCAUCUGUGACUCUCAUUCUGUCUGUCCCCCCAGAUCCCUUUGUCAUUUUUGAGAUCCCCUAAUUCUCUGGAACCACCCUGCUAUCACUUGUUUAUGUCUGGAAUUCUCCGAUCACAUCUACGGUGCCUCUGGGAUCCUUUUGUCAUGUCUGAAAACACCCUUGUCAGGUCUGGAGGGCGGACCUCAGUGAACCUUCUUGUAUCCGGGCCACCUCUGCGAUGCCCUUGUUUGUCUGGAAUCCUCCAAUCACAUCUGAGGCCCCUCUGGGAUCCUCAUCUGGUAUGCCCUUUUGGGGACCCCACCAACAGCUCCGAGUUCUCCUGGGGACCCUCCGCCUCCUGUAAUGCCCUCCCUAGGGCCAUGCUGGCGAUCAAUUCUGGCCACUCAACUGAUUUCUGGGUGACCGUGGCAGCCCCCCCAUGUCAGUUCUAACCAGAGACUUUGCACCAUCCAGCAACAGUGGGCCAGCUUUUCGAUGUGGAGAGGCUGGAGCAGGGUGUUGGCCGCUUCUAAUGGGGAAUCUGUUUUCCAAUCUGCUCAAGUCCCCAUCGCCCCUGGCUGUCAUACCCCGGUGGCUUCUCUCAGUUGUCCGUUCGCCCCAACCAUUCUCGUGUGAAUCCAGCCUGAGCAGAAGAAGACCGGAUGAACUGUGGGAGCUCUGAUUGGAACCCUCGGGGGGUGUCAGAGGCUGUGGGCUAAGAAGCCGGAGUCCCAAGUCCUUGAGCCUGGGUGGCUGGGGGGUCUAGGGUGAAAGACUUGCUGCUUCUGGGCCAGUUUGGCCCUUCUGUGAAAGGGGAGAGGAGGAGGAAGAUCUCGGAAGGCCCUUGCAGCCCUGUCAAGCCUUUGAUACAUCUGAAAUCCACCCAUCCGCCCACUGGUAGCCAGAAGGAAGUCGAGGAAGGAGCACCAAGGAUCCAGAGAGGGAAGAGGUCCUUGAGGGGGGCAUACAGCGGCUGGUAGCAGAGCCCAGGCUGGGACCUGCCCUCGAGGACAGCACACCCCCCUCCCUGGGGCGGUGCCAGGGACAAAAUGUCUUUUGGGAGGGCCUCCUCUUGCAAAUGAGGUACCUUUUACGAAAACUAUCAUCAUCACCCCAAGUUUGGAAUAAAAUAAAAUAAGUCAAGGUA